CCCAUAUUGACCCUGAGACAGAAUGAGGAGGGAGAGUCAGUAGAAGUAUCUUUAUCAUCUCUAACAAUGAUUAUAAUUUGUUUUCUAAAUGGGUGUUGCUUUUUGUUUUUAUUUUCUAGGUGGAUGUGUGGUCUUUAGGAAUCACAGCCAUAGAAAUGGCAGAAUACAAUCCUCCACACAUUAAACUCCGUGGUACUGAGCUUUCCGAAAGGAUUAUGAAUGGUCCAGCUCCAGCUCUAAAAGAGGAUAUAUGGAGUAGUAAAUUCCAGAGAUUUAUUAAUAAAUGUCUUCAGAAGGAUCCAGCCAAAAGACCAUUCGCAAAGGAACUCCUAUUAAACCGAUUCAUCACAUAUAAUCGAGAUGAAGAGGAGGUGCAAUAUAGCAUAGCAGAGCAUAUACAUAAAGGAGCAAAGAAAUAAGGCCUUCAAGUAAAAGAUUCUCUUGCAACACCUCAUUAAGAAGACUUUGUUAAGACGUAGGAAGGAAAUGGAAGAACAAUAUAUAAAUCCCAAAAUGGAUUCUACCCUUGCAAGAUCUGAAAUGUGGCUCCUUCAUUAUGUUCCCAAAAGGGAAAGGAGGGAAAGGGUUGGGAACACAAUGUAGGAGCCACAGCCCAUCUACUUUGUAUACU